AUGGCGCGCGGCGCGGCUAGAAAGCGGCGGCGCGAGGCGUCGCCCCCUGCCGCCGCCGCCGCGGCACGCGACGGGAGGAAGCUCCUCUUCGGCGAGUUCGUCGAGGUGCUGAGCUGUGAUCCAGGGCUAUGUGGCUCCUGGCAUAAGGCUGUUGUUAUUGGUAUUCGGGAAAAUGCUCGCACCGUAAGAUAUACUGAUUUCAUUGAUGAAAAUGGAUCGCCCCUCGUUGAGAAUGUUCGAGUGUCAGAUGCCAUUGAUGGCAAGUCAAGCAUGCCCGAGGAAGUCAUUUGUGGCAAUGUUAGGCCAAUGUGUCCACAUCAACGGCUGCAGGUAUCUCAUGCAAGCUAUGGACUCUGUGUUGAUGCACUCAUAGAAGGUUCCUACUGGGAAGGUGUUAUUGCUGAUCAUGCUGAAGGCUCUAUGGAAAGGAAAGUCCUUUUCCCUGAUGAAGGUGAUGAAUGCACUAUCGAAGUUGAUCAGCUACGUCUUACUCAAGACUGGGAUGAAGUUACAGGGAAAUGGAAACCACGUGGAAUCUGGUUGUUUCUGCAGAUGCUUUUGUCACAUGAAGAGAGAGAUGGUUUACCUGUGUCAGUCAGGCAGAUAUGGUUUGACUUAAGAUCCAAACCUUCUUUUAAGACUGAUGCUAAAAUGUGGAUGUGUGGAACAGAAGAAUUUUGGGAGAGAUCACUUGCAGAUCUCAUUGCUGAAUUGUGGUCUCUAUGUGGCAAGCCUACCCUAGAUGGAUAUCAAGUGGAAGCAGUAUUUCAGAAGGACAAAGUUGAGACCACUGUCUUGGAUAGGCUGGAUCCAUCCCAAGCAUUAUCAGAAUACAUCUCAUGCUAUAGCAAUAAUAAUAGGAAAAAUGCUCUUAUAAAAAAGGAGUUGGCAAAGCAACACCUUAAAUCUUUAGGAUGGACCUUUCUGGAUGACCAUCCUAAGAACAAGUUUUACAUCUCACCUGAUGGUAAACGGUUCCCAUCUUUUCUAGGAGCAUGCCAGGCGUGUUUGGCUGCAAAAGAAGCAAAUGAUUGCCAAGAUGAUCAUACAGAAAAUUUGCAUCUAGACAGUAUUAGUGUGGUGCACAAGAAUGCAUGCUACAACCCGACGCGCAUGGAUCUUGCCUUGAUAAAGAACAAGUCCAAUGAUAAAUGGAUCACGACUCCAUCAGGAUCUUGGGAGUUGGUUCAACUCGAUGCUGAAUUUUCCCCACAGAUAGUUUCUCUUCUUGCUAGUUACCAAGAUGGCACUACUGUUCUACAGAGGAGCAUUGACAGAACUCUGAGUGUGAAGCUGAAGAAGCAUCUACUGGCAUUGGGUUGGAGUAUUAAGUUCAGAAAGGAUGAAAUUAUGCUAGGAAAUGGCCAUCACAGACAUAUUCCGAGAUUCCGGUAUGAGUCACCUGAUGGGAAGACUUAUGUUUCUAUCAUUCAGGUAAUAUGCAGCUUGAUAGUUGGAGGCGUUAAACAAGAUAUAAUAACUGACAGACACAACUAUCGGACAGCACCAAAAGGUUUUCAUUCGACAGUGUCAACUGACCUGGCAAGGCUCAGUAAACGUAAAAGAAGGGAUAAAUCUGAUGCCCUUGAAAAAUACAUAGACUAUAUGGAAGCUGAUAAGAAAAAUUCCAGGAGGAGGAAACUGUUGAGAUCAAAUGCUAAGAAGUUUCUCAAAUCUGCUGGGUGGAAUUUUUGGUUAAAGCAAAAGCCUAGAAACAGACUGGUGUUGAGGUAUGAUGCUCCACAUGGCAAGUCUUACAACUCUCUAGUGGCAGCAUGUAAGGGUUACCUGGAAAAAGGAUAUCAGGAGGACAAUGACGCAUACAUUGAAAUCGCCAACCAUGGUUCUGCUGUUGGUUCUAUGCAUCCAUCAAAGUUGGCACCACUCAGUGGUGGACUAAGGGAUUCAAGUAAAAUACAGGGUAUGCCUGUUGUGGACAGAUGUAGCAACAUGUUUACCUUGUCACAUCAUGGAAGAUGUAGGAAAAGAAAAUCAUCUCCAAUUUCUUUGGACGGUGCACAAUAUCUUUGUUCAAGACAUGAACAGAUCCCUUCAAGUGAGCAUCGUGCGAAGACAGUUUUGUCUUUGUUGGUAAAGAAAAAAAUUGUGGUACCAGGGGAUAAGGUUACAUAUAAGCAAAGUGAUGGAUCUGGGAUAAAGGAAGGUUCCAUCUGUAUAGAUGGAAUAGAAUGCAUGUGUUGCAAUGAAAUAUUCACUGUGGAGAAUUUUGAGGUUCAUGCUGGGAGCAGUACACCAUUACCUUCGGCUCAUAUGUUUUUAAAGGAUGGAAUGUCCCUAUCACAGUGUUUAGUUGAAUUCAUGGGUGGAAACAAGCCCAGAGAUCCACAUCCACUGCAUGUGCGCUUGAAGGGAAAAAAUUCUGAUCUGGAAAGUGAUUCGAUAUGCUCUGUGUGCCAUGAUGGUGGGGAUUUAUUACUUUGUGACAAUUGCCCAUCAUCUUAUCAUCAUGAUUGUGUCGGUUUGGAGGUAGAGGCCAUUCCGGAAGGAAACUGGUAUUGCCCAUCCUGCAGAUGCAGUAUUUGUAACUUGAGUGAUUAUGAUCCUGAUACCAGCCAAUUCACUGAGAAGACCAUAAUUUACUGUGAUCAGUGUGAACGGGAAUAUCAUGUCGGUUGCACUAGAAAUAGUGACCAUCAGCUUAUCUGCCGACCAGAAGGGUGUUGGUUUUGCAGCAGGGGAUGCUCAAAUGUAUUUCAACAUUUGCAAGAACUCAUUGGGAAAUCAGUUCCAACUCUAAUCGAAGGCGUAUCUUGGACUAUCUUGAAAUUUUGUAGAGGGAACGGCAGUGACCAUGGUGAUUAUGAUGAUGAGAUAAUGGCAGACCAUCAUGGCAAGUUGUGCGUUGCAGUUGGUAUUCUUCAUGAAUGCUUUGUUACUAUUAUCGAGCCUCGCACACAGAGUGAUAUUUCUGAGGAUAUUAUCUUCAAUAGAGAAUCAGAACUCAGACGACUAAAUUUUAGGGGAUUCUACACAAUACUUCUCCAGAAAGGUGGUGAACCAGUAUCUGUCGGCACUUUUAGGAUUUGCGGCCAGAAGUUUGCCGAGCUGCCUCUGAUCGGUACAAGUUCUCCAUACCGUCGCCAAGGAAUGUGCCGACUUCUAAUUAAUGAACUGGAAAAGUUGCUUUUAGACUUGGGGGUGGAAAGACUUAUAUUACCGGCAGUUCCUGAACUUUUGGAAACAUGGACAUGCUCAUUUGGUUUCACAGUUAUGUCAAAUUCUGAUAGGCUUGAGUUGGCAGGGAAUAGCAUUCUCAGUUUCCAGGGAACCACCAUGUGUCAGAAAAUAUUAAAUGUUGCACACAACAUUUCACAAGAUAAAAGUGUUCCAUCAAUGUCCAAUUCUGAGAGAAUGGGGUUGGCAGAGAACAUGGUGGUGAAGAAGGUAUUUGUUCCAUUGACAGUGGAGCCAGACCAUCAGGUUGAUUUGAUUGUGGAGCCUGAGCUAGUAAUGGAAAUUGAGAAUAACAGCAAUGAAGAGGGUAUUUCUUCAAUUGAUCCUCUGACUAGUAUGCCAGACCCGCAAGUUGGUUUGACAGUGGGGCCAGAGCUGGUACUGGUAAGUCAGGAAAACAAAGGCGAAGAGGGUAUUUGUUUCAUUGAUGCUCCAACUUGCACGUCAGAUCCUCAAGUUGGUUUAACAAUGGACAUUCAUGAGCAACCAUAUGCCAGUGCUGGUGCAGAUCAGUGCAACCAGAAUUGCACUUCGAAUAUAACACCUAACACAGCUUCAGGAUUGAAAUACAAGUUCUCAGGAAAAUGCUAUGAGCGGGUAAAAAAGGGCGCUCGCCCAAGGAAUGUCUGGCUUAGAGUCUCGACCAAAUAA